AUGGCCCUGUUCAGGCCCAUUGCUGCCCAGCCCAUGGACUGUCCCGCUGAGGCUGCGGUGUGCUCAGGAACCAGCUGUGUGGUUCCUCCCAGUGACUUUAAUGCCAUCUUGGGCCUGGUGCUGAGCACUGUGCUCACAGUCAUGUUAGCUUUUGUCAUGUUUUCCAUGGGCUGCACUGUGGAUGUGCACAAGCUGCUGGGACACCUGCGAAGGCCCUGGGGCAUCAUGAUCGGGUUCCUCUGUCAGUUUGGGAUCAUGCCGUUCACCGGCUUCGCUCUGUCACUGGCCUUCAACGUGCUGCCUGUGCAGGCGGUGGUCAUCAUCAUCAUGGGCUGCUGUCCUGGAGGCUCCGGCUCCAACAUAAUCUGCUACUACCUGGACGGGGACAUGGACCUGAGUAUCAGCAUGACGGCCUGCUCCUCCAUCCUGGCCCUGGGCAUGAUGCCUUUGUGUCUCCUAAUCUACACCACGCUCUGGGUGUCCGCCGACACCAUCCAGAUCCCCUACGACAGUAUUGGGAUCACCCUUGUGGCGCUGCUCGUCCCCAUUGCCGUUGGCAUUUACGUCAAGCAUAGAUGGCCAGAGAAGGCCAAAAAGAUCCUCAAGAUUGGCUCCAUCACUGGCUUUGGUCUGAUUGUGGUGAUAGCUGUGGUGGGAGGGAUUCUGUAUCAGUCCUCAUGGGACAUAGAUCCAGCACUCUGGAUCAUUGGGACCAUCUACCCCUUCAUUGGCUCUGGACUGGGCUUCUUCUUGGCUCGCUUCACUGGACAGCCCUGGUUCAGAUGUCGGACCAUCGCCCUGGAGACAGGUUUCCAGAACGCCCAGCUGUGCAGCACCAUUGUACAGCUGUCCUUCACGCCUGCAGAGCUGGAGAUCAUGUUCUCCUUCCCCCUGAUCUACAGUAUCUUCCAACUGGUGGCAGCCAUCUCCAUUGUAACCUCUUACCAGUUGUACAAGAGAAAAUGCAGGGGGCAUUCUGAGGAGGACAGCGAGGCCUUGGCGGUGGAAGAUGGAGAGGAACACGCGAAAAAACACAAAGCCCUGGAGAAUGGAGGCUUCGAGCUCCAUGAGAACCAUGUGGAGAAGAACAAGGCCCACGAUAACAACACUCAACGCGAACAGGAGCCGAAGAGGAGCGGCCCUUCUCCAGCUGCUGUGAGGCCCCAUGAACUGGCCUGCUGCAGUCACCAACAGUAUGUGUAUGUGCUGGGGGGCCGCCACUCCACCUGCCAGCGGGACUUCUGGGCCUACAACGUGGUGUGUAACGAAUGGAGGGAGCUGAACUGCACCAGUGAAGCUGCCCCAGAAGCACUGGAGGAGCACUCUAUGGUGGCCCACGAGGGCUUCCUGUGGGUGUUUGGAGGCAUGCUGGAGUGCGCCUACACCAGCCUCUCUUGUCCCCUCUGGCUCUUUGACAUUAUGACACAGAAGUGGGUUCAUUGGCGUGGGAAGUCUCUACAGGCAGAGAGGCCGUCCAACAGAAAAAGCCACAGUGCAGUGGUCAUCGGCUCUGCCAUGCUGCUGUACGGAGGCUACAUCGACCUGAAGGGAUCCUCUGCAGACUUCUGGAGUUUGGACCUGGACUCCAAGGCCUGGUCCCCUGUCAGCUCCUCCCCACAAACCUCAUCAGGACCGGGCCCUCGCCACAGUCACUCCUGCGUGGCCCUCCACGGUUGCAUGUACCUGUACGGGGGCCUCAGGGGCCUCCGUGAGCAGAGGGACUUCUGGAAGUGGACCCCCUGCAGCAGCUCCUGGAUCCCCCUCAGAACCAGGUCCGGCCCGUCGAAGCUGGUUGGCCACAGCGCCGUUGCCUACAGAGACUGCAUGCUGGUGUUCGGGGGGCGUGACGGCAACGACUCCCUCCAGAACCGUCUCUGGACUUACAAUGUCACAUCCCAGUCCUGGAGCCAGAUCCCCGCUUUGCCUUCGGGCUCCUCCCCUCCUCCCAAGACCCACCACUACUGCGUUGGUCUGGGCCCCAGCUACCAGCGUUCCCAUUGGCGGCCCCCUGACCCUUCUGCCCAAACUCGUCUGGACGACAAACUCCAGCGUUUCCGGACCAAGUGCUUUCCCGCACGCCUCGGCUUCCUGGGCUCGGACACCGCAAUCGAGCUGCAGACGCUGGUGCCGAACAAAGGCAGCCCGGGGGACGUCACGGAGAAGGAGUGGAGGAUGGACUGUUUAACCUUCGAGAACACAGCACUGAAGAAUCUGCUGAGUCAGGACUCGGAACUGACAAACAUCAGCCAGCAUUUACCCGACAUGCUAUUGGUGAUUGGAGGAAAGCCGUUCACGCCGCACGCGCCCAUCUCCGUGUGGCAAAUGACGCUCGCCGACGUGUAG